AUGAUGGGUAGCAUUUCAGUACUGGAAUAUUUCUACAUGAUUAUACCAGCUCUUGCAACCUUUUACUUGGUCUUCAUUUACAUAAUAAAACCCGGCAGCCGUCGACGUCCUGCUCCUCCGUCACGGCCACCGCCUUGUCCCCACCCAAAGCUUCCGAUCAUCGGCCACCUCCAUCUCCUGCUCCUCACCGACGAGAUGCCCCACAUUAUGUUCGCCAGACUAGCCAAACAACUGGGCCCGAUCUUCACCCUCCAACUGGGCCAGGUCCAGACCCUAGUGAUCUCCUCCCCAAAACUGGCGGAGCAAGUGCUCAAGACCCACGAUCAGGUGAUGUCCAACCGGCCCCAGCUGAUCUCGGCGCAGUACCUCUCCUUCGGCUGCUCCGACGUCACAUUCUCCCCAUACGGACCCUACUGGCGUCAGGCCCGGAAAAUCUGCGUCACCGAGUUGCUCAGCCCGAAACGAGUCAGCUCGUUCCAACUCAUCCGGAGCCAGGAAGCGAACCGGAUGCUGUCCGCCGUGGCCGCCGCCGCGUCGGAAGCCGUCGACGUGAGCGAGAUGUUAUUCAAGCUGGCAAACGACGUGCUAUGCCGGGUGGCGUUCGGGAAGAGGUUCAUCGCCGACGAAAUGAGGGGGCUGGUGAAGGUGUUGACGGAGACGCAGGCUUUGUUGGCCGGGUUUUGUGUAGGGGAUUUCUUCCCGAGUUGGGAAUGGGUUAACUCGGUGAGUGGGAUGCGGCGGAGGUUGAUGAAGAAUUUGGAGGACUUGAGAUUGGUUUGUGACGAAAUCAUUCAUGACCAUCAUCAUGUCAAUGCAACAAAGAAACAACAAGGACAAGAGGAACAUCAGGAAGACUUUUUGGAUGUUUUGUUAAGAGUACAAAAACGAGAUGACCUUGACGUUCCUAUCACUGAUGACAACCUCAAAGCCCUUGUUUUGUAUAUGGUAUUACAGCUUUAG